UGGGAACGGACUGACCAGAAGGUGAGACAGACCAAAGAGGAUAGCAGAAGCCAGAGAAAAGUAGACAAUAAGUUUGGGAAUGUUAGCUGAAGGAAUGUUGAAUUAUUUGACCCUAUAUGUUUCCAGAAAACAAAUACUUAUUUUGUAAAUAAGAUUGAAUUCUACCACCGGUCAUAACAGAAUCAAUCUACAACCACCCAGAUUUUGAGGUAGUCUUUCAGGUGAAAAGUGGAACAGAAUGGUUUUGUUGCCAUGACUUAGUGACGGUACCUUAUUUAUAGCAAGCAAACCAAGAGAGAAUUAUGCAGUUCAUUACACGCUUGUGACAAUAAAACCUUUAUGUCUUGCACAUAUGUUACAGAGAACCUGUUUUAGAAACACUUCAGAGGCUAAAAAUAAAUACAUUGGAUAUGUUUAAUAUAGCUUCCAGAGCCAUGUGCACUAGACACCAUAAGACCAACCAAACGGGGCUUGGAGAGAGAAACCAGUAUAUUUAAAACAGCUAAAAAUGACUCAAAUGGCCUUGCUAGAUAUAAAAAUGUUCCCAGAAUUAAGUCUGGCAUUGUGGGACCUUCUAUGGGUAGAAUGCACAUACAAUGGUGAAAGUUCAUCCCUGCUUGAAGAUUUUGAGAGCAUCUUGAGAAGUAACAGCACGAUGGCUUCGUUUCCUGUCCUGAAGCAAGAAACAUUGUUCCAGAAUGGUACGUGGCGAUACCGAAUUCCAGCCCUGCUCUACCUGCCGCGUUUCAGCAUCAUCCUGGCAUUUGCUGAGGAACGAGUGGAUUUGAGGGACGAACAUGCCAAGCUGAUAGUGAUGCGCAGAGGCAUGUAUGACCCAACCACGCACCAUGUUCAGUGUGUUUCAUUCUUGUCUCCCUUCACACGGCCCUGGCAGUGGAAUAGCAUGGAGACCAUUGUCAGUGCGCAGCUGAAAGAUCAUCGAUCUAUGAAUCCCUGUCCUGUUUACGAUGAGGUCUCAGGGAAACUGAUCCUGUUCUUCAUAGCCGUGCCAGGAAAGAUCUCUGAGCAUCACCAGCUCACGACAAAGAUCAACGUGGUGCAUCUCUGCUACAUCACUAGCAUGGACCAAGGACGCACCUGGAGCGCUGUCCAGGAUAUCACCGAGAGUGCUAUUAGCUCCGAGUAUAAGAACUGGGCCACUUUCGCAGUGGGGCCAGGCCAUGGAUUACAACUGCUCAAUGAGGCCCGGAGCCUUGUGAUUCCUGCUUAUGCCUAUCGUAUCCUUGACCCUAAGCAACCCCCUACCUCUCAUGCCUUCUGCUUCAUCAGCUCUGACCACGGGAUGACAUGGGAGAUGGGGAACUUUGUGGGGAAGGAGAGCGCAGUUGAGUGCCAGGUAGCUGAGGUGCACACCUGUGGCAGGAGGGUGCUCUACUGCAACGCAAGGAGCAGCAGGGGAGUGAGAAUCCAGGCCAUCAGCUACAACCACGGGGUGGACUUUGAGGGAGGCCAACGGGUUGAAAUGCUUGUAGAGCCUCCCUCUGGAUGUCAUGGAAGUGUCACUGCCUUCCCACCUCCCCCUGAUGCCAGGUGCCAAGAUAGUUGGUUGCUCUACGCUCAUCCUACAGACCCAAAAGACCGAAGAGAUUUAGGAAUUUACCUCAACAAACACCCUUUAAACCCAGCGCACUGGACAAAGCCAAGCAUCCUCUUCAAGGGCUUGUGUGCUUAUUCAGAUCUGCAGUACAUGGGGGUUGGGCCAGAUGGCUCACCCUUGUUCUCCUGCCUUUUUGAAUAUGGGUCCCAUCAACAAUGUGAAGAGAUAAUAUUUGUAAUGUUCACUUUGAAGCAAGCUUUCCCAUCUGAAUGCUGAGUCUUGAGCCUUUUCAGCGGGAUCCAUCUGAAAACCACCUUUGCUAGUGCUUCUUUUCACCGUCACUUCUAAUUUUUCAGCAAAAGGGUUUUUGUAUUCUUUGUGCACCAUCAAUUUGCCAUUGGCUUGUACCAUCUGUAGAUUACAAAGUCUAUUAAACAUACUAAAACUAAA